CGGGCGGAGCAGCAACCCCCUCCCCUCAGGCGGGGCGCGACAGGGCCCUCCUCCUCCGGGGCCGGGCGGGGACGCCCCUCCCUUGCUCUCCGCGGGGCGCUGCGGGGCUGGGAUGCGGAGCCGGGCGCGGGCGGCGGCUUCUCUCCUUUGGGCUGAGGCGGGACAUGGCGAACGUCAAGGUGGCCGUGCGGGUCCGGCCGCUCAGCAAAAGAGAGAAUGCAGAAGAGGGAAGAAUAAUUGUAGAAGUUGAUAACAAAGUGGCAAAAGUCAGAAACAUAAAGGUGGACAAUAGGCUUGAUGGCCCAUGGGAUUCAAGGGAGAAGAUUGUGGCAUUUAGUUUUGAUUACUGUUAUUGGUCAAUUGAUCCCGAAGAUCCUAAAUAUGCAUCUCAGGAAGUGGUAUUCCAGGACCUUGGCACAUCUGUACUCUCUGGGGCCUUUAAGGGAUAUAACAUCUGUCUCUUUGCAUAUGGACAGACGGGUUCAGGAAAGACAUAUACAAUGAUGGGAACUCCAGCAUCCGUUGGGCUGACACCUCGUAUAUGUGAGGGCCUUUUUUCAAGACAGGAUGAUUAUUCAGAACAGCCAGCAUCUUGCAGAGUAGAAGUCAGUUUCCUUGAAAUCUAUAAUGAGCGUGUCCGAGAUCUGUUAAAGCAGUCUGACCACAAGAAACCUUAUACGCUUCGUGUCCGAGAGCACCCUGAGACAGGUCCAUAUGUGCAAGGUUUGUCCCAGCACUUAGUUACAGACUACAAACAAGUUGUAGGACUUCUGGAAGAAGGAAUAGCUAAGAGAAUCACAGCAGCUACGCAUAUUCAUGAUGCCAGCAGCAGAUCCCACGCCAUCUUCACUAUCCACUACACUCAGGCUAUUCUGGAGAAUAAUCUCCCUUCUGAAAUUGCAAGCAAGAUCAACUUAGUGGACCUUGCAGGCAGUGAAAGAGCUGAUCCCAGUUACUGUAAAGAUCGGAUUACAGAAGGUGCCAACAUUAACAAGUCAUUGGUUACUCUUGGAAUUGUCAUCUCCACCUUAGCACAGAAUUCGCAGAUGUUCAGUAGCUGCCAGAGUAUAAACAGCAUAACCAGUGAAGGGGACAGCAGCCCCGUGGGUAGUCACACUACAGGCAGCGUCAGUGGAACCAGGAGGCAGGCUUACAUUCCAUACCGUGACUCCAUUCUCACCUGGCUUCUGAAGGACAGCCUGGGAGGCAACUCCAAGACUAUCAUGGUUGCCACCAUCUCUCCUGCCAGCUCCAGCUACAAUGAGACCAUGAGUACCUUGAGAUAUGCCUCAAAUGCCAAAAACAUUAUUAACAAGCCCCGAGUCAAUGAGGUGAGACCCCUCCCCCGCUUAUAUUAUUUGCAUAUAUUUUGAAUUUAUUGAAUGUACUCAGCAGUCACAUUCUAAGCAUAUACUAUAUACAUAACUGUGAAUAAGAUCAGCAUGAACUGGACUCAUCUUUGAUUCUUAUAUCUUAAAGAAAUCUUCUGUCCCCGAUUCUUUGCAGCUUUUAACAUGCUGGUAUAGCAUUUUUUUUGCAUCCUUGUAAUGUUAAGACUGCAUAAUAAACUAUCUGCCUGGGGGGCCUUAUUAAAGGGGGAAGGGGGCUAUGUAACCUGACAUUUUAAUUUUUGAGCUUUUGACUAUGCAACCUUAAUGUUCUUUUUAAUUGGUACUUGAACUUCAGUACCAUUCCAGGCUCUGAGGAGAAUAUACUGCAGUGGGAAUGUGAUGUAAUGUCUGUGUUUUUCCCAGUUUUAUCUCUUCCCCACCUCUAGGCUUCUCAUCCCUAUCCCAUUCUACCUGCCAAUCCAGUCUCAGUCUCCCCACCUCAGGACUCUCAUCCUUAUCUCCCCUUCCAAUUUACUUAUGUAAUCUGCUUCUUUCCCUCUUCUCCCACUGUCUCCUAGUCCUUACAAGCGCCUUAUCCCAUCUCAGUCACACCCUCAUUACUGCCUUCCUUUCCUAGUCCUUUUGCAAAAUUAGUGCUAGUCCUUCUCUUGCAUCCCAGAUCCUUUUCAUAUCCAUUUCCCAUCCUCCAUCUGUUACCUCUCCAUUAUUUCCUAGUCGCCAUCUUUACUUCCAUUUCCUACUUCCUCCAGUCACCACCAGACCCACUCUUAUUAAUCAUCGUUUCCUAAUCUACUUGAUUUCCUCCACUAAUCUAGUUCUUAUUCCCUCUCAUUCGAAUUACAUGGUUUUUGCUUCCACAUUGUUUGACCUAAUCAGAGAAACAGACUCCAAAUGGUCAUUUCCAGAACUGGGUAUCACCCUUCCGAACAGCAGCUGGGAGCAGCAAUUGCAGGAGAAGUUAGAUUUUGUCUCCCUAGUUCUGGGCUGGAGCAUGUUCAGUCAUUUCAUAGGGAUGGCACAUGCACGGUGUGGUCAACAUUAAUUCUUGAAAGAGUCAGAAAGGACAGAAUUUUCAGAUUUUAGCUGAUGACAUUGAGGAAGUUUCUGUUUGGCAUGUGCAGACUAUCACCUUUCAGAGGCUUGUAACUUGACUAUUAUUAGGCAGAUUUUCUGAGGACAGCAAAUAACUUCUCCCUAAUAUAUCAGUCACUCCUGUCAAACUUUUAGUCUUUGGUCCUCAGCAGGGCAGUGAUAGAGUUUCAAAGAAACAUCUUAAAUGUCUAAUAUGGGCAAAAUAUGUAUUUUUUUUAACCUUGGUCCUAGAAAGGACAAAACCUUUUCACUGAAAUG